AUGCUCCCCGAGGCGGGCUCCCUGUGGCUGCUUCGGCUGCUCCAGGACAUCCAGCUGGCCCAGUUUUACCGACCCAUCCUUGAGGAGCUUAACGUUACUCGGCCAGAGCACUUCGACUUUGUAAGACCUGAGGAUCUGGACGGCAUUGGCAUGGGCCGGCCUGCCCAGCGUAGACUGGCUGAAGCUCUGAAGAGGCACCGUUCGGGGCUCAAGUCUAAGAACUGGGUCUACAAGAUCCUUGGGGGCUUUGCCCCAGGGCAGAAGGAGACCACCCCACCCUCAGACAGCCUUCCAUCCCUCCCUGAGCCAGAUGGGGGACUCAAGUGUCUGAUCCCAGACCGGGCUGUGUGCAGAGGGGAGCUUCUGGGCUUCGGCUGCUUUGGUGUGGUGCACCGAGGGCUGUGGACACUGCCCAGUGGCAAGGCUGUCCCAGUGGCUGUCAAGUCCCUCCGGGUGGGUCCCGAAGGCCCCGAGGGCACUGAGCUAGGGGACUUCCUGCGAGAGGUAUCCAUCAUGAUGAACUUGGAACACCCACACUUGCUGUGUCUGCACGGCCUCGUACUGGGCCAGCCUCUGCAGAUGGUGAUGGAGCUGGCGCCCCUGGGCUCCCUGCAUGCACGCCUGACCGCCCCGGCCCCCACGCCCCCGCUGCCCGUGGCCUUGCUCUGCCUCUUCCUGCGGCAGGUGGCGGGGGCCAUGGCGUACCUGGGGGCCCGCGGGCUGGUGCACCGAGACCUCGCUACGCGCAACUUGCUGCUGGCUUCACCGCGCACAAUCAAGGUGGCUGACUUCGGGCUGGUGCGGCCGCUGGGCGGCGCCCGGGGCCACUACGUCAUGGGCGGACCCCGCCGCAUCCCCUACGCCUGGUGUGCGCCGGAGAGCCUGCGCCACGGGGCCUUCUCUUCUGCCUCGGACGUGUGGAUGUUUGGGGUGACGCUGUGGGAGAUGUUCUCCGGGGGCGAGGAGCCCUGGGCCGGGGUCCCGCCGUACCUCAUCCUGCAGCGGCUGGAGAAGGACCGAGCCCGCCUGCGUAGGCCUCCGCUCUGCUCCAGGGCCCUCUAUGCCCUCGCCUUGCGCUGCUGGGCCCCCCACCCUGCUGACCGGCCCACCUUUUCCUACCUAGAAGGGCUGCUCCAAGAGGCCUGGCCUCCUGAGGGACGUUGUGUGAGGGAUGUCACAGAGCCCGGUGCUCUGAGGAUGGAGCCUGGUGACCCCAUCACUAUCAUCGAGGGCAGCACCUCUUCCCACAGCCCCAACUCCACAACCUGGAAGGGCCAGAAUGGUCGCACAUUCAAAGUGGGCAACUUCCCAGCCUCGGCAGUGACGCUGGUAGACUCACCAGCCACCCGUCCAGUCCUCAGAGGCUCCCCUGCCCGGGGAGAGCGACACCAGGGAAACAUAGAUGGGGACAGAGUGAAGGUAAAGCUUCGGGAUCCCCCUCCAGGUCGGGGCCAGAGAAGGAAUGUGUCCCUGCAGAGGAUGAAAGGCAUUUCCAAGAGUCUGGAGUCGGUUCUGUCCCUGGGCCCCCGCCCCACAGGAGGUGGGUCGAGCCCCCCCGAACUUCGACAUGCCAGAACUGUGCCCCAGGGACCCCCAGGCGUGCCCCCCUGCUCCCCCGUAGCCACCAGCUCCUCUUCCCAGCCCAGCCAGCCUCCCAGGGAGCGGCCUCCCUGGCCCAAAAGAGAACCCCUACACAGUCACCCUGUGGGAGCGCCUGGAGCCAGCAAAGCCACCGUCCCCUCUGGGGGACCCUUGCCUGACCCUGAGUUGCAGAAGAGGAUUAUGGAGGUGGAGCUAAGCGUGCAUGGAGUCACCCACCAGGAGUGCCAGGAGGCUCUAAGAGCCACCGGGGGUGACGUGGUUUCUGCCAUCCGGAACCUCAAGGUGGACCAGCUCUUCUAUCUCAGCAGCUGGUCCAGAGCGGACUGCCGGCGCAUCCUGGAGCGUUACCAGUGGGACCUCUCAGCCGCCAGUCGCUACGUCCUGGCACGGCCCUGA